AUGCUCGAGUGUAUUCAGUGGAGAUGUAGUUCCCGUCGUUGCGAAUGCAUAAGGUUGGACACACCUCAGUGCUGGGUUGUCUCGUUAGCAGCUCGGCCCGAAAAGAAUGAAGCUUUGAAGUGGGUCACGGAGCAGCCUGCAUGGAAACGAUCUGAAGGAAGAGACCACAUACUUCCGAUUCAUCAUCCUUGGUCUUUCAAGUCCGUCCGCAGAUUUAUGAAGAAUGCAAUUUGGCUGCUACCAGAUAUGGACUCAACAGGAAACUGGUACAAGCCUGGACAAGGUUGGCUUGAGAAAGACCUGAUACUUCCUUAUGUCCCCAAUGUCGAUCUGUGUGAUGCAAAAUGCUUAUUAGAAAUUGAAUCUAAGAGAAGCACACUGCUAUUUUUCCGUGGAAGACUGAAGAGAAAUGCUGGAGGAAAGAUACGGGCUAAACUUGUGUCAGAACUUAAUGGUGCUGAUGGUGUAGUUAUAGAGGAGGGGAGUGCUGGAGAGGCAGGAAAAGCAGCAGCUCAGAGUGGCAUGCGCAAAUCUAUUUAUUGCCUAUGUCCAGCUGGUGACACUCCAUCAUCUGCUAGAUUGUUUGAUGCUAUUUUCAGUGGGUGUAUUCCUGUUAUUAUUAGUGAUGAACUAGAGCUUCCCUUUGAAGGAAUACUUGAUUAUCGGAAGAUAGCUUUGUUUGUUUCUUCGAGCGAUGCCGUGCAGCCGGGAUCACUUUUAAAGUUCCUCAGAAGUGUUAGUCCUGCUCAAAUCAGGGCAAUGCAAAUGAACUUAGCUAAGUUCUCAAGGCAUUUCCUCUAUUCCAAUCCAGCUCAACCUAUGGGUCCAGAAGACUUGAUUUGGAGAAUGUUAGCGGGUAAGUUGGUGAACAUCAAGCUUCAUACCCGGAGGUCGCAACGUGUAGUAAAAGAAUCUAGAAGCCUGUGCACUUGUGACUGCAAGCGUUCCAACUUCACAAUCCCAGCUCUGUUGUCUUGAUUGUUGAUUGUGAGUUGUUUUUCUGUUUUUGCUCGGUAUUGUGUUUGUGUUUGGGAUGAAGGGAGCAUAUCUGCAAUCACAUGAGAUAAGGUUAGAACAGG